CAAUAGACACCUCAGGAACAAAGCUUCUUCUUCUUCUCCACGAAAUCUAUCAUUUCUUAUACUGAAAAAAACCCUAAAUCAGUUCGACAAAAAUUUUCAGAUCGAACUGAGAAAAUCAAACCGUAGAAUCGAACAAUGAGUCGAGGAAGUGGAGGCGGAUACGAUCGUCACAUUACGAUCUUCUCACCGGAAGGUCGUCUCUUUCAAGUCGAAUAUGCUUUUAAGGCUGUGAAGGCAGCUGGAAUCACAUCUAUUGGUGUCCGUGGAAAGGACUCUGUUUGUGUUGUUACUCAGAAGAAAGUCCCUGACAAGCUAUUGGAUCAGACCAGUGUAUCCCAUUUGUUCCCAAUUACCAAGUAUCUUGGACUAUUGGCUACUGGCAUGACAGCUGAUGCAAGAACUUUGGUUCAACAAGCUCGAAAUGAAGCUGCUGAGUUUCGCUUUAAAUAUGGUUAUGAAAUGCCAGCAGAUGUACUGUCUAAAUGGAUCGCGGACAAGUCCCAGGUUUACACACAGCAUGCCUAUAUGAGACCCCUUGGAGUAGUUGCUAUGAUUUUGGGCAUUGAUGAGGAGAAAGGGCCCCAGCUCUUCAAAUGUGACCCUGCUGGUCAUUUUUUUGGUCAUAAGGCUACAAGUGCCGGAUCUAAAGAGCAAGAGGCAAUUAACUUUUUGGAGAAGAAAAUGAAAAAUAACCCUGCGUUCUCCUAUGAGGAAACUGUUCAGACCACUAUUUCUGCUCUUCAAUCUGUUCUGCAAGAAGAUUUCAAGGCCAGUGAAAUUGAGGUUGGUGUUGUGAGAAAAGAAGAUCCCGUCUUUAGAGUGUUAACUACUGAGGAAAUCGACGAGCACUUAACAGCCAUCAGUGAGCGUGACUGAUUAGCCACAUGAUACACAGUCCGUUUUCUGUUAGAAAUGUAUGUUUUGCUAUCAAGACUUGCAAAAGAGAUCCCAUUUGAUUGUUAGUUGCUAUCAAUCCUUCUGCAUAUGCUGAUAAAUGAGUUUCUAUUUGUCGAAUGUAACAUUUCAUGGGAUCUUCUUAGUUUCAACAAAACGUUUGAAUCCUUCUAUCAUUAUCUAUCUACGAUCUUUUGUACUUUGAUUAUCAUACUAUUUUAUCAUUGUUUUUGCCC